CACCGCCCCUCUCCCCACCCUGAAAGAGGCGCACCCUGAAGGGGCAGACACAGCGCUCUCGCCACGGAGCUCCCUUCUAGCUUCUUCGUCUCCAGGACGGACUCUCAGGCUCCUUUCUCGCCUUAGCCAAACUCGGUUUCCCGCCUCUCAAACUUCGGUUUCCUUCCACUCCCAACUCUUUUCACUCCACUUUCCCGCUCCUCUAUCUCCCACGCAAGGAUCCCCGAUCCCCCAACUCCUUUCUCCUGCCCUGCCCCUUCCCCUCUCCUCCCUUCAACUCCCCAUCCGCUGCCACCUCAGAUUCUGCGUGCACCCUAUUCAGUCGCCCGCUCCCAUUCGGCUCGAAGCCAUGGCGGGACCUGGGGGCUGGAGGGACAAGGAAGUCACGGAUCUGGGCCACUUGCCGGAUCCUACUGGAAUAUUCUCACUAGAUAAAACCAUUGGUCUUGGUACUUACGGCAGAAUCUAUUUGGGACUUCAUGAGAAGACUGGUGCAUUUACAGCUGUUAAAGUGAUGAAUGCUCGUAAGACCCCUUUACCUGAAAUUGGAAGGCGAGUGAGAGUGAAUAAAUAUCAAAAAUCUGUUGGGUGGAGAUACAGCGAUGAGGAAGAGGAUCUCAGGACUGAACUCAACCUUCUGAGGAAGUUCUCUUUCCACAAAAAUAUUGUGUCCUUCUAUGGUGCAUUUUUCAAGCUGAGUCCCCCUGGUCAGAGACACCAACUUUGGGCCUCCGAGGCUGUGCUGGCAGGGCCUGCUGUGAAGAUCUCUGACAUGCCCUGGAGACAUUUCCCCAUUGUCUUGAUGGUGAUGGAGUUCUGUGCAGCAGGCUCGGUCACUGAUGUAGUGAGAAUGACCAGAAAUCAGAGUUUAAAAGAAGAUUGGAUUGCUUAUAUCUGCCGAGAAAUCCUUCAAGGGUUAGCUCACCUUCACGCAUACCGAGUAAUUCACCGGGACAUCAAAGGUCAGAAUGUGCUGCUGACUCAUAAUGCUGAAGUAAAACUGGUUGAUUUUGGAGUGAGUGCCCAGGUGAGCAGAACUAAUGGAAGAAGGAAUAGCUUCAUUGGGACACCAUACUGGAUGGCACCUGAGGUGAUUGACUGUGAUGAGGACCCCAGACGCUCCUAUGAUUACAGGAGUGAUGUGUGGUCUGUGGGAAUUACUGCUAUUGAAAUGGCUGAAGGAGCUCCUCCUCUGUGUAACCUUCAACCCUUGGAAGCUCUCUUCGUUAUUUUGCGGGAAUCUGCACCCACAGUCAAAUCCAGUGGAUGGUCCCGUAAGUUCCACAAUUUCAUGGAAAAGUGUAUGAUAAAAAAUUUUCUGUUUCGUCCUACUUCUGCAAACAUGCUUCAUCACCCAUUUGUUCGGGAUAUAAAAAAUGAACGACAUGUUGUUGAGUCAUUAACAAGGCAUCUUACUGGAAUCAUUAAAAAAAGACAGAAAAAAGGAAUACCUUUGAUCUUUGAAAGAGAAGAAGCUAUCAAGGAACAGUACACCAUGAAAAGAUUCAGAGGACCCUCUUGCACUCAUGAGCUUCUGAGAUUGCCAACCAGCAGCAGAUGCAGACCACUUAGAGUCCUGCAUGGAGAACCCUCUCAGCCAAGGUGGCUACCAGAUCGAGAAGAACCACAGGUCCAGGCACUUCAGCAGCUACAGGGAGCAGCCAGGGUAUUCGUGCCACUGCAACCUCUGGACAGUGCACCCAGGCCUCUCAUGGGGCAGGCUCAGGCACCUCUACGACUACAAGGGGCAGCUCGGGUGUUCAUGCCACUACGGGCUCAGGUGAAGCCUAAGGCCACUAGACCUCUACAAAUGCAGAUUAAGGCACCUCCACGACUACAGAGGGCAGCCCGGGUGCUCAUGCCACUGCAGGCACAGGGUAGGACACCUAGGCUUCUACAGGUACAGGCCCAGGUACCCAAAAAGCAGCAGGCUCAGACCCAAGCAUCAGAACCACAAGAUCUGGACCAGGUACCAGAGGAAUUUCAGAGGCACGAUCAGGUACCUGAACAACAAAGGCAGGGCCAGGCGCCUGAACAACUGCAGGGGCACAACCAGGUACCUGAACAAGAGCUGGAGCAGAACCAGGCACCUGAACAGCCAGAGGUACAGGAACAGGCUGCUGAGCCUGCACAGGCAGAGGCUGAGGCAGAGGAACCUGAGUCAUUACGAGUACAUGCCCAGUUAUUCAUGCCCCUGCUAUCACAGAAUCACCAUGUGCUAUUGCCACUGCAUUUGGAUACUCAGGUGCUCAUUCCAGUAGAGGGGCAAACUGAAGGAUUGCCUCAGGCACAGGCUUGGACACUAGAAACCCCACAGGCAGUUGACUCAGUUCAAGCACUGAUAGAGGGACUCUCAAGAGACUUGCUUCGAGCACCAAACUCAAAUAACUCAAAGCCACUUGGUCCUUUGCAAACCCUGAUGGAAAAUCUGUCAUUAAAUAGGUUUUACUCACAACCAGAACAGGCACGGAAGAAAAAAUCAAAAGUUUCUAGUCUGAGGCAAGCACUGGCAAAAAAACUAUCACCAAAGAGGUUCAGGGCAAAGUCAUCAAGGAGACCUGAAGAGCUUCAGCUCUCAGAUUUAGAAGCCCGCAGGCAAAGGCGCCAGCACAGAUGGGAAGAUGUCUUUAAUCAGCACGAAGAAGAAUUGAGACAAGCUGAUAAAGACAACGAAGAUGAAUCAUCAGACAAUGAUGAAGUCUUUCAUUCGAUUCAGGCUGAAGUCCAAAUAGAACCAUUGCAGCCAUGCAUUUCAAAUCCUAAAAUAAUUGAGGUUCAAGAGAGUUCUCCUUCUGCGCCUAACAACCAGGAUCGUGCAAAUCAUGUGAAGUUCUCUUCAAGUGUUCCUCAGCGGUCUCUUUUGGAACAAGCUCAGAAGCCCAUUGACAUCAGACAAAGGAGUUCGCAAAAUCGUCAAAAUUGGCCGGCAGCGUCAGAAUCUUCUUCUGAAGAAGAGAGUCCUGUGACUGGAAGGAGGUCCCAGUCAUCACCACCUUAUUCUACUAUUGAUCAGAAGUUGCUGGUUGACAUCCAUGUUCCAGAUGGAUUUAAAGUAGGAAAAAUAUCACCCCCUGUAUACUUGACAAAUGAAUGGGUAGGCUAUAAUGCACUCUCUGAAAUCUUCCGGAAUGACUGGUUAACUCCUGCACCCAUCAGUCAGCCACAUGAAGAGGAUGGUGAUUAUGUUGAACUGUAUGAUGUCGGUGCUGGUACUGAUGGUGAUGAUGAGCAUGAGCCUAAUGAUGCUUAUGAAUAUACCUAUGAUCAUGCCAAUGGCAAUGAUGACUCAGAUAACCAGGUUGAUCAGGCUAAUGAUGUUUAUGAAGACCAUGAUGAUGACAACAAUAAGUCUGUUGAUGAUGUAAAUGAUAAUUAUCAUAAGGCACCUCGUUGUCCAAGGGCAAGCUAUGGCAGAGAUGGAAGCUGCAAGCCAGGUGGUUAUGAUGGAAGUAAUGGAAAAGAAGAGGCCUACAGAGGCUAUGGAAGACAUGGUGUCAAUAGCAGCCAUGAAGGAAGUGCAGCCAGUGAGGACAAUGCAGCCACUGGAGAUCAGGAAGAUCAUGCAGCCAAUAUAAGCAGUGAAAGAAGGGACAGUGGGGGUGAUGGAGGUAAGGGAGUCAUUCGAACCAGUGAAGACAGCGGAGCCCUUGGACUCAAUGAAAAAGAAAAUUGCUCAGAAACAGACGGCCCAGGAUUGAAGAGACCUGCAUUUCAGGACUUUGAAUAUCUACAGGAGGAGCCAGGUGGUGGAAAUGAGGCCUCAAAUGCCAUUGAUUCAGGUGCUGCACCGUCAGCACCUGAUGAUGAGAAUGACAAUAAAGACAUAUCAGAAUCAUCAACACAAUCAGAUUUUUCUGCCAGUCACUCUUCUCCUUCCAAAGGUUCUGGGAGGUCUACUCAUGCUGAUUUUGCCAGUGCCAUCUUAUAUGCUGGAUUCGUAGAAGUACCUGAGGAAUCACCUAAGCAAUCCUCUGAAGUCAAUGUUAACCCACUCUAUGUCUCUCCUGCAUGUAAAAAACCACUAAUCCACAUGUAUGAAAAGGAGUUCACUUCUGAGAUCUGCUGUGGUUCUUUGUGGGGAGUCAAUUUGCUGUUGGGAACCCGAUCUAAUCUAUAUCUGAUGGACAGAAGUGGAAAGGCUGACAUUACUAAACUUAUAAGGCGAAGACCAUUCCGCCAGAUUCAAGUCUUAGAGCCACUCAAUUUGCUGAUUACCAUCUCAGGUCGUAAGAACAGACUUCGGGUGUAUCAUCUGACCUGGCUGAGGAACAAGAUUUUGAAUAAUGAUCCAGAAAGUAAAAGAAGGCAAGAAGAAAUGAUGAAGACAGAGGAAGCCUGCAAAGCUAUUGAUAAGUUAACAGGCUGUGAACACUUCAGUGUCCUCCAACAUGAAGAAACAACAUAUAUUGCAAUUGCUUUAAAAUCAUCAAUUCACCUUUAUGCAUGGGCACCGAAGUCCUUUGAUGAAAGCACUGCUAUUAAAGUAUGCACUGAUCAAUCAGCAGACUCCGAAGGAGACUACAUGUCCUAUGAGGCCUAUAUACGAAUACUGGCAAAAAUACAGGCAGCUGAUCCAGCGAACCGGUUUAAGAGACCAGAUGAGCUCCUUCAUUUGCUGAAGCUCAAGGUAUUUCCAACACUUGAUCAUAAACCAGUGACAGUUGACUUGGCUAUUGGUUCUGAAAAAAGACUAAAGAUUUUCUUCAGCUCAGCAGAUGGAUAUCACAUCAUAGAUGCAGAAUCUGAGGUUAUGUCUGAUGUGACCCUGCCAAAUAAUCCCCUGGAAAUCAUUAUACCACAGAAUAUCAUCAUUUUACCUGAUUGCUUGGGAAUUGGCAUGAUGCUCACCUUCAAUGCUGAAGCCCUCUCUGUGGAAGCAAAUGAACAACUCUUCAAGAAGAUCCUUGAAAUGUGGAAAGACAUACCGUCUUCUAUAGCUUUUGAGUGUACACAGCGAACCACAGGAUGGGGCCAAAAGGCCAUUGAAGUACGCUCUUUGCAAUCCAGGGUCCUGGAAAGUGAGCUGAAGCGCAGGUCAAUUAAGAAGCUGAGAUUCCUGUGUACCCGGGGUGACAAGCUAUUCUUUACCUCUAUCCUGCGCAAUCGCCACAGCCGGGUUUACUUCAUGACGCUUGGAAAACUUGAAGAGCUCCAAAGCAAUUACAGUGUCUAAAAGUUUCCAGUGAUUUAUUACAACAUUACAAGCAUCAUGUAUAGGCAGACUGCAUCUUCAAAUUUCAGAGAUCAAAUGAGCAUUCAGUUUUAUUUUUAGUAAAAAUUGAAUCCAAAACUUAACUUUUAAUGUAGCACAGAAUAGUUUGAAUGAGAAAUGCAGCUUUAUUUAUAAAAUUAACUAUAGCAAGCUCUAUGUACUCCAGUGGUGUACAAUAUCUUUUGCACAAACUUUGUAACUUUUGUUACUGUGAAUUCAAACAUUACUCUUUGGACAGUUUGGACAGUAUCUGUAUUCAUAUUUCACAACAUGGGUUAAAGAAACCUGUUAUGAAUUAGAUUACAAGCAGCCUUCAAAAGAAUUGGCCCUGGGAUAAGAUUUUUCAGAAAAAGAAAAACAUCGACAAACUGUAUGUGAUUUUUCCAAAAUUACUUAAAGAACCAAAGUUUUGUCAAGAAACAAAAAUCUUAAGGACUGCUAUAGCCCAGACUAAGGUUGAACAACCUGCAUGCCCAGAGAAAGCUAUGGUGAUAAACAGGAAAAGGCCACCAUCCUUUUGCUCACUGAUUCAUAAUAAUUAAGCCUAUAGCUAAAGACCAGUUGUGUUCUUUUCACCCAUUUUUAAGCUGUUUUUUUCCUGAUAAGAAGAAAGGAAGGAAGCCCCCAGAUGCUUGUUUUUUCUCAGAACCCCCAAAAGAUGUGCAAUAGCUGUUGUUACAAACCACCAAAUAAUACACUUGUGAGCCUAAAUACAGGACUAAACUCCUAUACACAUGUACUGUAGAAUGAGUUUUUUUUUUUUUAAUACCUUAAGGUAGGUGUCAAAUUCUACUCCCCAAAGCAGAUAGAUUGAUUUAUAAAAGUUAUCUGGCCAAAAAUAUGACUAUCAGACAGCAUCAAAUAUUUGCCCAAUCCAAGAUUAGACCACACGAAAGUUUCGUUCCAGUAUUAAACAAAAGGAACGAAACAUAACAAUGAAGAAACGUUGCUAAUAUCUGUGUUUUUCGUGUCUCUAUUUUUGUAAAAUCAGAAAUUAAUCUAAAAAUAUUCAGUGAUAAGUUCAUACGUAAAGACUUAAAGGUAAAAA